AUGUCAAGGGCAAAUAGUCCCGCAGCUCCACAAGGAAAUAAUGCAAACCAACAAGUGGCAGAUAAUUUUGGAGCAGCCGUGAGGAGACCGCGGGAUGAAAAUGUACCGCCACCGCCUGCUGCUGCUCAGCCUCCACAAAUACGGCAGAGAACUGAAGAGAGGCCCAACUGGACAAUGGAUAGUAAGGUGAGGAAUGUGCUGCUGGAAGAUUAUGCGGGUUUGCGUAAUAUGACGCUGCAUGACUUUUUGCUGAAAAAGUUUUUAAACACGUAUAACACAGAGAAUGUGGCCAUGGAUGUGUUUGUUCAAAGCCCACGGGAUUAUAUUUUGGAUGCCAGGAUUCUAGAAAGGAUACAGCGGCUUGAUGAGUUUGAGGAAUAUAAAGAAUUAUAUAACCAAUUCUCUGAAAUGAAGCGGAAAGCAAGGUAUCUUGACGAAAAGGAAAUUAGCACCCUCAGUCAGUGGGAGGAGAAGGGGACAGUGGAAAUAAGGGAAUUUGUUGGUCCCGUGGCGAGGGGAAGGUUGGAUGCUGCAGUGAUAGCCGCCAAGAGAGCGGAAAAGCGAGCUGUCCUAGCAGCUGAUGGUAGCGAACUGAGAGGAUUGUAUGAUUCCAUUUGCAAUGCGAAAUGGAGCUAUGUGAUGUCGGGCUAUGAUGAAGAGCCACUUGGAUUGAAAGUGUUCGAUGGAAGACCGCCGCGCAUGUGGACGAAGGAGGAAGUUGAUGUAAGUCACGUUCCGAAAACUAUGAACGAACCACUUCCUCGUCACGGUAACUUGGAGAUUGCGGUACUCACAUCUCAAGUGGGUUGGCCAUACACGUCUUUCGAAAAGAACCCAAAUGAUUAUGAUAUUAAUCACAAGAAGGGAGUGGGGUACGUUUUUAAUAGUGAUGUUUAUAUCCGCAGGGAAACACUGAGGGUGUGGCAUAAGGUUAAGGAACGGCUUAACCAGUGGCUUAUGGGUGAAGUGGCUAUCAAUCCGAUGUUUCAUGUUGUUAUUGGUACGCCUGGUAUUGGUAAAUCCUUUUCCGUGGGAUCCCUACUGUUAUACAAACUACUGCAUUAUGAAGCGAGUCAACUUCAGAUUAUCAUAUACGUUGUGAGGGGUAAGGCGUACGUGUUUCACAAACCCAUAGGUGGUCGAGCAGGAUAUGUUACGUUUUACAGUAAUUAUGAGAAUGCAUUUACAGUUGUUGAGCAAAUAGUCAGAGAUUCGAGUAGCGGUGAGGAUAUCAAGGGAUACCUCAUAUUCGACGUGGACAAGGACCAUCAUGCUCCAGUGAAACCACCUGUUGGUUGUGCCGGUAUUGCUUUGAGUUCUCCAAACGUUAGACAAUUCCAUGAAUGGUCCAAGCAAAACACCGCCUCACAUAUUUACAUAAACUGUGAUACAUUGAAGGAUUUGGAAGCCAUACACAUAUCGAGGUGGGGGAAAAUUGCUCCUGCUUACGGUUGGAGUCCUCCAGUUGCGAAAGAGAAAAUUGAAAGAGAAUGGCAAGAAAUUCAAGGUCGAAUUCUUUUCGUUGGUCCACUGCUUCGUCAUAUAGGUAAUUUGGUUUCGUAUGACAGUCAGUGGACACUAAUUCGGGGAUACAUUAACAAAUUGAAUGAUACAUAUAUGAAUGAUUACGCAGAAAUUUUCCAAAACGCAGCUAUGUGGCAAACAGACAAAGCAUCACACAAGUUGGUGAGGGUUGUUCGAGUGAAGGAGGAGGAGCUUCUGAGUGAUACGUAUCGCUGCAGACCGCUUUCAUCUUACACGGGACAAGCUAUUUUAGACUUUCUGAGACCUUGGUUACUGAAUAAAUAUGCUGCAAUGUCUGCUUUGCUGUCUAACCGCGCUCUCACUGCCCACCUGUUUGAGAAGAGUGGCAUUGAAGCACUGUCGCAUGAGGAUACGCUAAUUGAGUUGGCAAGGGAGUUGCAGGGCCUCUCAUUUGCUAGGAAUCAAAUUCCACAAAGUGUGCUGCAGGUGCUGCAAGAACCAAGACUCAUUGGUCCUUCGAUUGAGGUUCCUGAGGAUGUUCCAAUUGUAGCUGGAGCUGAAAUUCAAUACAUGAAAUUGUACAAGCCGCAAUCAAGGAGUUUCCCAGUUGUUGAUGCGUUCUUUUUUGUUGAGAACCAGAAGACUUUUGUGGGACUACAAUUCACAAUUUCCGAUAAACAUCCCUGCAGCGUCGGAGGGUUAUUGAAGAUGAAAAGGUAUUUGCGAAGUUACUUCCAAGGUUGGGACAAUUUUUCCAAUGAUAUGGUAUGGGAAAUAAUAUAUGUUCAAAGGGUUGAUAGCGAAAAAAUUACGAAACCACAACCUUGCAGCAUGACCAACAGAGAAGAUGGACAAGAUAAUGAAGGUGAAAAAAGGUUUUGGGAACAGGAGGUGCGUCAAUUCUCAGUUUCUCUUAGUAACCACAUUACUGCACUAUACGUUGAAUUGAAAGCAAGAGGUAACAAUAACAACGGAGUUAACAAUAGAGGUGGUAACAAUGCAUAG